CCCCGUCUGACGCGACUUGCAUGACCUUUCGUUCCCGCAUCUAGUAUAGAUCUGAAAAGACGACCGAAUAAGAUUUGGCAGACUUCAGAUCAAUUUCAAGUUCCAUCACUCCGUAUACACUUCUUGAUCUUGCUCUAGAGAGAUACCGAUGAUGGGUUCGUCCCAUGCACAUGUACACGCCGUGUGCGUCCCCUUCCCGGCCCAGGGCCAUGUCAACCCCAUGAUGCAGCUCGCCAAGCUCCUCCAUGCGCGCGGUGUCUUCGUCACGUUCGUCAACACCGAGUUCAACCACCGCCGCCUCCUCCGGUCUAAGGGACUCGACUCCCUCCGAGACCUUGGAAACUUCCGCUUUGAGACGAUCCCAGAUGGCCUCCCACCGUCGGACCGCGAUGCAACACAGGACCCCCCGGCCCUUUGUGACUCGACUCGGAAGAACUGCUUGGGCCCUUUCAAGGAAUUGCUUGCCAGGAUCAAUAGCGACGAGGUUGUUCCGCCUGUGACUUGUGUGAUAUCGGAUGGGGUGACGAGCUUCGCCAGUAAAGCUGCGAGAGAGCUUGGAGUCCCGGAGGUUCAAUUCUGGACUACCUCGGCCUGUGGCUUCAUGGGUUAUUUGCAGUAUAGAGAGCUUGUUAAGAGAGGGAUCGUUCCAUUCAAAGAUGAAGACUUCCUGAACAACGGGAGGCUCGAUGAUCCUGUCGACUGGAUCCCUGGCAUGAGAAACAUCCGACUCCGUGACAUCCCAAGCUUCAUACGGACCACGGACCCAAAUGACAUCCUGUUCGACUUCAUAGGAGAAGAAGCGCAGCAUUGCCUGAAAUCAUCCGCUAUCUUGUUCAACACCUUCAAUGAGUUCGAGCAUGAAGUACUAGAGAAAAUAGCAGACAUUUCCCCUCGAAUUUACUGUACCGGGCCCCUUUCAUUGCUCAUCCAGGAUAUUCCCUCGAGCUCAGUCAAGUCUUUCAGGUCCAGUCUGUGGAAGGAAGACUACAGCUGCCUCGAAUGGCUUGAUCAGAGAGAAGCCGAGUCGGUUGUGUAUGUGAACUAUGGGAGUGUCACUGUCAUGACUGAUCAACACCUGAAGGAGUUUGCUUGGGGCCUUGCAAAUAGCAAGAACCCAUUUUUGUGGGUGAUCAGGCCUGAUGUUGUGGAGGGUGAUUCUGCACUUCUACCUCAGGAAUUCCUUGAGGAAGUGAAAGACAGAGGGUUCUUGACGAGUUGGUGUCCGCAGGAUCGAGUCCUGAGUCACAGAUCAGUCGGCGCUUUCCUCACGCACUGCGGGUGGAAUUCUACCUUGGAAGGUAUCUGUGGAGGCGUUCCUCUCAUUUGCUGGCCAUUCUUUGCCGAGCAACAGACAAACUGUCGUUACGCAUGUACUGAAUGGGGGAUUGGCUUGGAAGUGAACCAGGAUGUGAGGCGUGAGGAAAUAGAGGCUCUUGUUCGGGAAGUGAUGGAAGGGGUUAGGGGGAAGAAGAUGAGGGAGAAGGCUAAGAAGUGGAAGGAGAGAGCUGCGGAAGCCGCCAGUCUUGGAGGGUCAUCGUACAAUGACUUCAACAGAUUCAUUAAAGAGGUUGUCCAUUUGAGGGAGUAGAUUAAGGGGAACUAUUACCAUAUUCCUCUAUCUUCCAUUAUAUAUAUACACACACAUACUUAUAUGAUGAAUUUAUUCUCAAUAAUCAGUCACAUGUUAUGUGAUCACAGCUCUAAGUAACUAUAUAUUUUGUGAACUAUUCUUCCGAUUAUACAUAUAUGCAUACGACAGAUUUUGCUCU